AUAACAAACACUAAUUACAACUGUACAUCUAACUAGCUGAAUCAGUACCAUAAACAUGCCAGUUCUUCUCGAAGGGAGCUGCCACUGUAAGACCGUCAAAUACACUGUCCAGUCCAACACACCGGUGCCCUUCCAGCAAUGCCAGUGCUCCAUCUGUCGUAAAGUGGGUGGAUACAUGGGAAGUGUCAACAUGAUGGGCAACACCAAGACUCUCAACAUUAUUAGAGGCAAGGACAAGAUCAAGGUCUAUGUUGCUGCACUCGAUUUUGACGAGAAUGACAAACCGACAAAAAUGGGCACUUCCAAGAGGAGUUUCUGCACCGAGUGUAGCAGUAUGCUUUGGAACUACCACGACGAGUGGCCUGACUGGAUCUAUCCCUUCGCCUCAUCUAUUGACAAGCCUAACCCUCUCCCAUCCAUUCCCGAGUCGGCUUCACUCAUCUGUAUCAAGCGUGACUCGUGUCCUGAGCACGUCCCUGUACCCGCAGGAGCUAAAGUGUAUGACGACUAUGGCCCCGGUAAUAGUAUUGAGGGUUGGCACAAGGAAAACAAGUGUUGGGCAGACUAAUAGCUGGUUAUUUAACUUCGCUGCGUAAAUGGAUACAGUCGAAAAUAGUAGAAAUCUCUGCAGUCAUGAAGUUCGCAUAAAG